AUGUGUCCAAAACAAACCCCUUCCCAACAGCGCCCUCUUGCGAGAAAACUGCGGUCAAGUAAAAAUGUCUGCCAUCAUAUGGACCUCAGGUCAAAGGGCUUGUUCUCUAACGAUGCUGGCUGUGGACUUCGACGAAACCUUGGUGUUCUUCGGGAAAUUUUACUAAAUGAUGACGCAAUCUUUAAGGAGGUCUGGACAAAGAUGUCCAAGUCCCCCAUUUCCUAUGAGUCUGGGAGAUUGUAUUUUGAGAAUUACAGGUGUUGUUACACCAGCCAGCAGGCCAAACCAAGACUGAUGUAUGAACUACCAAAAUGCAGCAAGGCAGAGAAGAUUGAAGAUGCCUUAUUUCUGCAAUCACCUCUGGGGAGGACGUUACCCUCAUCAUCAGACCAGCAGCCCAGUCUCCUGGCUCUCAGUGCCAACAGCUGGUUGUGUCGCAUCUCUCCAGACACAGGGGACGUGCUGCAGAGGGUCUACCUCUCGCCCCAGCACAAGUUCAGAUACCUCAGCUGGGAUGACUCCCAGGAAACCAUCUAUGCCAAGUCCAUCCAAAAGAAGCCCUCAGCUUUAGCCAGACAGGCCGGGCUUGAUGUGAGCGUUCUGAUGCAUCUGGCUGUCUUCCGGGUGUUUCCGCUAAAGCUAAUUGGUGUUCUGGAGAUCAGUAAACAAGUGUUUGGGAACACAGUCGUAGAUGUGGCUCUGUCCCAGGGGGUGCUGGUGGUGUCCCACAGCACCAAGUGUGUGCGGCUCUACAGCUUUGAGAGGAUUAUCCACAUGUUCAGGACAAAGGAGCUGGUUGUUGGCGAGCCAUGUGACCUGAGUGGUACUCAAGGGAUUGUGGGAGAACCACCACUUGGCAUUCCUGUGAACAUUCACAUCACUGAGGCUCCCCCUGUGCUGUUUGAGGUGUCCUACCACGAAGGCAUCCAGAUCGGGGGGAACCCUUUUCACUUCAUCUACACUCCCAGCCAGAAGAAGCACAGAGGCACACACCACAUCUGCUCCCUCAAGGAUGGCACUCUGGCUAAAAAUGGGGUUCAGGACAUGAACUGCUGUUCGCUGGAGUCGGACUGGAUCCUCUUCCACCCGGACCAGUCUGGUAGAAUCAUCCACGUCGGUCCAAACAUCAUCAAUGUUCUGAAAAUCCUUACUGAGUGGGGAGGUGACAACCAGUCAGAGAUUGCUAAGGAUUUCUCCAUCACCGCUCAGAGGGACCAAAAUAGGGCCUCCCAGGUCACGGUGACCUCCUCUGGCCGGACCGUGAAGCGGAGGGUUCAUCAGCUGGAUGACGACCCAGAGCACGAGACGUUUCGAAUGGUGGACUACGAGGACGAGCUGGACCUCCUCACGGUAGUGGUCACACGGAGGGAGGAGUCAGGGGAGGUGGCUGUUUGUCUCCACGACAACAACAAUGGAACAAUGAUGAAGAGGAUUCUGCUUCAAGAAUCAUGGGAUGAGACCUACAGCCACCAGCUCAUCCUGGACAGAGACACUAUUGUUCACAUUGAACAAGGGAAGAACAAUAACUUCUGUUGCCAUGUAUACAAAAUGACCCCCAGGCACAUAAAGGAAUGACCAGUCUUAUCAACAUCAAGUGAAGACCACGACUUACGGAAAUGUAAACUAUGCUGUUUUUCAUAAAUGUUUUUUUAAAUAUAUUUUUUAAAACUGCACACGUUCAUGAAUCUCAUCUGCAUUCAAUAAAAGCAACUGCACAAAUGGA